CACUUUCGGUGUGCCGUAUCCCUUCGCGUGUUCGCCCGAAAGCUGUAUAAGCUCGCGAUAUACUCCGAAGCCGAUGCGCUGGUAUAAAUUAAACCUCGAUUCAACCCCCGCGUGAAAUUCGAAAGGAAAAAUUGAUAAAGUAAACGAAUUUAGCUCGGAGCUUCGUCGGAGUGACAAAAGUGAUCCAAAACCUGUACGAGACGAAGGUUUUCGAAGGAAGACGUUCAUUCGUCUCGACGGCUGUUGGAUUCUGUACACCUAUACGAGAUUCUCUGCGUUUUACACUCGCACAGCGGCAAAGAGCCGUUAGAAUCCACCGAGGCCGUUACGAGAUCUUAAUUCCAUUCAUUUUUAUUCCCCCUAAUCCCGACGCUGGAAGCACACGGUGGAAACCGCGUGGAGGAGAUCCGGGGAUUGAAAUCACGGGCGAAAUUCGGACGCUCCGCGAACGGUGAGGUACGCGAACCGGAGAGAUGGUCUGAGAAUGAAGGAAACGAGUUGGAGAGAAAUAAAAACUGUAGAGAACAGGAUGAUCCUGAAGUUGCAGCGUGCGAGGAAUUUCUUACGGAGUAAACGAAUUAUCCGGGUGGUACCUAUUCGCCUCGUAGAAACACCGUAGGAGAUUCUGCAGAAACUGGCUUUGGCAGGGUCGCAAUAAUCGAUCUAACAACGAGACAAGUGACGAAGGAAAAGAGGACGGGGGAUUGCCUUUCUAUACGAGAGUUGCUCGCUCCGGCACAAUCGGAACACCCCGGCUCUCCGGACUGGUUUCGUAUAAAGCUACAGCAGUUUCCUAUGACAGAAAAUCGGACGGGUCCUCAAACGAUCGAAUUUCUCACCAAGAGAGUCGUCGCUCUCGGAGCAGUCCAGACAGGACAGUUUCUGGUUGACUGUGAAACUUACAUGUCCGUACCGCAACUCGGGUCUCCGAGAACAGUCCACGUGCUACACAACUCUGAGCAGCCUGCAUCCGUAUUUGCCGUAUUAGAAUCCGGAAGCAAAGUGGUCCCUCUUAUCGCCGACGGUCUCUUUGACCUUCUGAUGCUGAAGAUGACCAGCAUUUACACGAGCAAGAAACAGACGAAAAUCGAAGCAAAGGGUCCAAGAUUCGAGAUCGGUGAUUUCUGCGUGAAACUUGGAAGCGUCACCAUGAGUCAAAAUUUCAAGGGAGUACUCGUCGAGAUCGAAUAUCGACCUUGUGUCAUACCUGGAAGUUCAUGGGAACUCAUGAGGGAAUUUCUACAGGGUUUCCUUGGAUCGGCUGUACCUAAUCAGGCUCCUCAAUAUUUACAAAAUCGAAUGAACGAAAUUUAUCAACCCAUGGAUACCAUACAGCAAUACCUUGAACAUUUUGGACAGUACAGAAAAUCUACUGGUGUAAUAUAAAAUGAAUGAACAGAUAUCCAUAGAUUUCACUUUGGGUGAUAUUAAAAGUAAUGUAAAAGACGGGAGGACAUGGCUCACGGUGGUCAAAGUAUGAUGUCAUUGCACAACAGCUAGUUUUGUGUGUUUGAUCAAGUGUACAUUUUGAAAACAUAUAAUAAAUAAUCGAGCGCCAAGUUUA